UUCCAUUUCCCUCCUCAAAACACACAAACUCCAAACAUCCUUUUCCACACUCACAAACCAUCAAUGGCUAAGUUCAAUAACAUCAUAACCAUUGUCACCACCUUAACCCUUCUUCUCACUACAACCGAAGCCAGAAUCCCCGGUGUCUACACCGGAGGCGCAUGGCAAACCGCUCACGCCACCUUCUACGGCGGCAGCGACGCCUCCGGAACAAUGGGAGGCGCGUGUGGAUACGGAAAUUUGUAUAGUCAAGGGUAUGGAGUGAACACAGCGGCAUUGAGCACAGCGUUGUUUAACGAAGGGUUAAGUUGUGGCGCGUGUUUUGAGAUCAAGUGUUCUGAUGAUCCUAAUUGGUGCCACGCUGGCAGUCCUUCUAUUUUGGUAACAGCUACAAAUUUUUGUCCACCAAAUUAUGCUCAACCAAGUGAUAAUGGUGGAUGGUGUAAUCCUCCAAGACCACAUUUUGAUCUUGCUAUGCCUAUGUUUCUUAAAAUUGCUCAGUAUCGUGCUGGCAUUGUUCCUGUUUCUUACCGCCGGGUACCUUGUAGAAAGCAAGGAGGUAUAAGAUUCACAAUAAACGGUUUCCGUUACUUCAACUUGGUUUUAAUCACCAACGUCGCGGGUGCAGGGGAUAUCGUGAAGACGAGCGUUAAAGGUUCAAAGAGUGGUUGGAUGAGCAUGAGCCGUAACUGGGGUCAAAAUUGGCAAUCAAACGCUAUUUUGAUUGGUCAGUCACUUUCGUUUAGAGUGACAGCCAGUGAUCGACGCACUUCCACUUCUUGGAACAUUGUUCCUUCUAAUUGGCAAUUUGGUCAAACUUUUACUGGCAAGAAUUUCCGGGUUUAGUUGCUAUGUUAAAAAAAAGAGGAAAAUGUACUUUUUUAUAAUAUAAUUUUGAAUUUUCAUUGGAAUGAGGAUGCGAGGGAAACAUCUAGAUAAGAAUGGAAGAAAAAGUGGUAAUGUUAUGAUAGUGACUAGUGAAACUUUUUUGACUUUUAUUUGUCUUCUUUUGUUUUGGGGUAUGGGUUUUAUUUUAAGUUUUUAUAGAAUUUUCAGUUGUCCUUUUUGAGAGAAAAUGGAGGGAAAUAUUAUGUGGAAUUUGUAAGGAGCUGAAGUGGCUUCAAAGUUCAAAUUCACGAGCCCGCAGCUAUGUUUUAUAUAUUUACAUUAUGAAACAAGAUAAUUGUGUCAA